GGUUCUUCACUGCUCCGUGCCGGCAGAAGUCGCCUUUUUCUCCACAAUCAAUAUCACAGAGGCCGCAAUGCAUGAGUUAUAUAAGGGACAAUGCUUUGCUACGUAACGUCAUCCCACCAAUCGAGCACUCUCUCUCUAGACACGACUCUACAGCUUCGCGGGACUUCUUGUCGAGAUGUGUUUUGGAGAGAAUUGUGCUCCCCAGGCCGCACGUUACGUUAACUCUCAGCUCAUCGCUCUUCAUGAAAAUGCUGUGGAGUGCCUCAGGACCCAUGAACAGGUACACAGGACAGAUGAUCAUUUGAGAUACUCUCACGCUCUUGCUGACUUCGUCUAUGGAAGGGCUCGCGCUAAAGUCGCGAACUCGUCCGAUUAUGAUAGCAUGUUUCACGCUUCAUUCGACGCGCCCCAGGUCGAAUUCCUUUGUAACCACGACGUCGUCAUGCGCAUCAUGAUAAAGGAAGGUCAUUACUGUCAAGAUUACACCAAGCCGGCUGGCAACGUCUUGGAACAGGGUCGUGUGCGGCCGAUCAAUAAUUGCGAAUUCUUCUUUCGAAUGGGUUUCGAUACUCGAGAGAUCUCUCGUACAGAUGCUGGUGUGAGUAGCAGCAAAAGUCUGAUAAGAUUGAUCAUCUUGGAUCUACCUGGGUCAAGUCUCCAAUUGAUGAGUGAUGAACACGCUUCUGACAAGGAUGCACUGGUGUUCUACCUCUCCCAAUACCUCCGAUUCCUUCAGGACGCCGGUUAUCAUACUCUCUUCUCCUUGCCGGAGUUUCAUAACAGUGGAUCUCGACUGACCAUUGACUAUUCCGCUUUCGGCGACACAACAGUCGAGGUCGAGGAGAUUUACGGCAUUUCGGUCGAAAAGAUAAACUCGCAACUCACUUCUGCAUGGUUGAAGGCCGCUAUCCAGGCAGAUGAUUCGUCGGGGCAGCCAGUCAUCGAGAGUCUAACGUACCUCGUUGAAUAUCGUUGCCAUACCUCUAUCGAAGGUUUCCCUCAUGCUCAAUUUCACAUCAAAUUUGGUCCUCCACGCAUCAAAGCUGUUUGCAGACGCGAAGUGUUCAUGUUUUUUCCCAUCAAGGAGAUCGUAAUCACAAGCGAGGACUCCGACACCCUCGACGAACAUAAGUACGACUGGGAGAUUGCCGUUUCGGUCGAUGUGCUGAAAGAGGAGACGUCUAUCGUGGACAUGGUUCGCCUCAAGGUUGAUGUCGGCACUAUACGUCUUCGCGAGGAGAGCUGCACGCUUCCGACUCCAGCUGCUGAUGAUGACGAUGAUGAUCCAGUGCACGACUACAUUGAAGGGCUUCUCGACAUCUUCAUUACCGAUUAUAUCUCUGCGCUCGACAGUGCGGGACAACUAGUGAUCUAUGAUUCUCAGCAGAUCGCCUUCUCCGCUUCUUCCACUUCUACAGACUCCCGGGAUUAUGAGGAAUUUUGGGUCGCGACGUCCGACUCGUCGACGAGCGCGACUUUGACCAACACGAUUGCAUCUUGGAAACAAAUGGUCACCACAUCUGAUAUGCGCGACUUCGACCAGAUUGUCGCCGUGUCUCAGACGUCACUCAACUUUGCCUUCAGGGAGAGCUGGACUGCUGCUUCGUCCAAGAGCAGCUCGCAUUUCUCGUUGCUCGCAAAUUGGUCCUACAGUGAUUCCUUCUCUGUGGCGUUCAAACCUAUGACAGUGCGCCUCCUGAGCAACGAACGAGCCAUUCUAUGUCUUCACUUGGAGCGAGGUUCCUUGAAACCUCUGAAAAAUGGGCUACCUUCCGAGGAAGGCGAAAACCACGAGUUCCAAGAUUGGCAGCUCGCAUUCGAAGUUGAUAUCAAAAUAUCGUCUCGCGAAGGGACAGACGAAAUCAAUAACAUUUGGCGCACGAAGUUUGCGGAUUCGCCGGCAUUCAGACAAAACAACAACCGAGAAGAGUGGGCCUUCCGUCACAUCUAUCUCGACCUGAGCAAUUUGACAUUCGUACAAGAAUACUCACAGUUCGACGACUUAUUCGUAUCCCAAGGGCGAUCUCCCGUCGACAACGUCCGAGCGAUGUUGUACUACAUCCGAACGCACUACCUCCCUGCUUUGACUCAGCAGGGAUGUAACAUCCUCUAUACCAUUCCCAUAUGGAUUGCGAAGUCCGAACCUCCCCCUCAUGCCCUUACGAACGUUACAUUCCAUGCUUACUCAGAGAAAACCGUGAAUCGUCAAGGAUGCGCUGUAGUUGGGCCGAAUGGGGAGCCAAUUAUAGUCAUUCUUGGUAUGAAGAACUUCCGCACCCUUUCUGCCCUUCGACUGCGCUUCUCCACGAACUGGGUGGUUCAAACGAACAAAGGUCUCGCGUUCGGCACAGUCAGCGUUUCUCGCCAGGCAUUGAUGGAGCGGGUGUUGCUCGACGGCCUUGCGCGCAUCAAUGCCAUCACGACUGUUAUUCCCGAGUGGUCGCAUGUUGACAAAAACGGCUUCUGGAAGUUCCAGCUUACUACAUGGGCCAGACAUCAUGAGACAAAGGACCAAGAGUGCACAUGGACCGUCGAACCCCCGAAAGGUGACGGCAGCUUCAGAUUCCGUUGGGAGCACCAUGUGGGUCUAACCUAUGCGCAAAAUGGAAGUAAUGUCGUGAAUGGGGGAUACUCGGUGUCAUGUACUACGCUGAAUGUCGUAGAGUUCCCUCCCGCGGCCAGGAGUAAAUCGAUGGAGAUCAGAUUGUCAGGCCAGGUUUUGCUCAAGGUGGAAUUCAGAUCCGGCGCACAACAGGGAAGUGCGCAGUCUGUAGCGAAGUGGAGUAUGGCUCUCACUCUCCGGACUGAACCGAACGGUCUCAAAGCCAACGCGGCCGGCUCGACAAGUCCAGUUUUCGAGUCUACCGAACCGAGCGGGGAUGUCGGAACGCUUCAAGUCGCGGAUCUCCAAACCAGCCUUAAGGGAGAGCUGCAGGAUGCCAUCAACUUGGAUGACAUUCUCAAGCAGUUGCAGCAGUUCGAGGGCGCACUGAAGUCCUGCUACCCUUGUUCGGGCGCAUAUUGCCUAGCUUACCCGGCUUUCAACGCUCAUGGAGAUCUGAUGUUCGAGCUGAAACCGCAGACUCAACUGAAUACUCCCGCUCGACAGGUGAACGGCGGAAGAGGGAGAGCUCAGCGCCGUGGGCAGCUGAAUGGUCUUGGGUUUGCAGAUCAAAGCAAGGCGAGGACCAGGGACUCUUCUAUCGAUAGUUCGGCUGGCCUCGUGAAAGGAAAAGGACUGCAAUCGUCAAGGGCAUCGUCCGUGCGCAGCAGCCACCAUAGUGAGCAUGGCAAUGGCCACGUACCGCCAUUUACCUCAGAGGAAUAGGUAACGGACGGUAUGAGUCCUGCUAGCUGGCUCAAUGCUUCCUUGAAUUACCCUCUCAUCCGUGAUUUCCAUUAGUUCUGCAUUCAUCAAUGCUUUCUUUGCUGCCAUUUGGGAUUGACAGAUGCCAUUAUGGCACAGUUGCGCAUGUCUUUACUUACAAUUUAAAUUAUUCCGCUGUCUUCAAGACCCCAGGUGGGAAGGAUCACGUAUCUUAUGUGCAUACGAGAUUG